GCUCACGAAUCGGACAUCGCUAGUGGAUGUCAGAGAAACGAGCUCGAGCUACCUGCAGGGACACCGAAGAACUGAUCCGCGGGACUGGCGCGAGAGACCUAAUCCACCAACGACAUGUGGAGACACUUGAGGAAAGCGCUUGCGAGUAACUUAAAAUAACUAACUUUAUCAGGAAUUUUUUUUAUAAUACAUAUAAAACGCGCCGGUUCCGUUUCAGGUCGCAGUUUAGUGUGUUGCAGGAAUGCGUUGGAGUUUGUGCUCUGUUCGACUCCAACAGAUGCUCGUCUUUGAACAACAGCGACGUUGUUUAUGAAUUGGGGAAGAUUUGAAGCCAGGCUCAGCCAGUCCGGAGCACCCGAGAGAGAGGGGGAGAGAGGAGACGAGGGGAGGGAGGAGAGAGGAGAGAGGCGGGGAGGAGAGGGGCGCCCAGAAAACGCCCUGCUGCUGAAUCCUCUCAAAAUUAAAACUUUAUCGCGCCAUUAACGGUACGCUCGCACUGAAGGAUGAGAAGUUUGAUUCGGCUCAAUUGUUUAAAGUAGCCACUUCAUAGAUUGUUGUGAGGGGGAAAGUUUGGAAAACCUCAAUUGUUCCCAUUGGAUUAUUUUUUUUUUUGUCCGCUUUAUUCUGGACAAGCACGGGGUACUUUUUGGAGGGCGGCGAGUAGGAGGCUGUCUAGGCCCGCUGCUCGACAACUUGAAAUAAGAUCUUGUAUCUUUAAUGUGAACCAGAAAAGUUGGGCAGAUCGCUCGUCAUUGCUCAGACUGGCGCCAGGACAAAGCAAAAAUGUCGCUAGGAGCGGAGAGAAGGAUGGAAACCCGGUUGAGAAAACUGGAAGCCAUGCUCAAAGAGCCGCGGUCUGCGAUCAACUUGGAAAGUUUGCUGGACUCCAUGAAUGCCAUGGUUUUAGAUUUGGAUUUUCCAGCCUUGCGUAAAAAUAAGAACAUUGAGACCUUCUUGAACAGAUAUGAGAAGGUUAUGGGCCAAAUGAGGGAGCUCCAGAUGAAGCCGGAUGAUUUUGACCGAGUGAAGGUGAUCGGUAGAGGAGCGUUUGGAGAAGUCCGGCUGGUUAGGCAUAAGGCCUCUCAGAAGGUGUAUGCAAUGAAGGUGCUCAGCAAGUUUGAAAUGAUCAAACGCUCAGAUUCUGCCUUCUUCUGGGAGGAGCGUGACAUCAUGGCGUUUGCUGACAGCCCAUGGGUCGUACAGCUGUGCUGUGCGUUCCAGGAUGACCGUUCUCUUUACAUGGUAAUGGAAUACAUGCCAGGAGGAGAUCUUGUCAAUCUCACCAGUACAUAUGAUGUCCCAGAGAAGUGGGCAAAGUUUUACACUGCUGAGGUUGUGUUGGCUCUGGACGCCAUUCACUCUAUGGGCUUUGUUCACCGAGACAUCAAACCAGACAACAUGCUGCUGGACCGCUACGGACACCUCAAACUUGCCGACUUUGGGACCUGCAUGAAAAUGGAUGGGACGGGGAUGGUUCAUUGUGACACUGCGGUCGGGACCCCUGAUUACAUCUCGCCGGAGGUUCUUAAGUCUCAGGGAGGGGAUGGAUACUACGGACGCGAGUGUGACUGGUGGUCAGUUGGAGUAUUUAUCUACGAGAUGCUGGUUGGUGAUACACCGUUUUAUGCAGAUUCUCUGGUCGGGACCUACAGUAAGAUUAUGGACCAUAAGAACUCCCUUAACUUCCCCGAUGACAUUGAGAUCUCUCAAGAAGCCAAAAACAUCAUCUGUGCCUUCCUAACAGAGAGGGAGAUUCGACUGGGACGAAAUGGUGUAGAAGAAAUUAAAAAACAUCCUUUCUUCAAAAACGACCAGUGGACAUUCAACACCAUCAGAGAGACUGCAGCACCUGUGGUUCCAGAGCUGAUCAGUGACAUAGACACCAGUAAUUUUGAUGAGAUAGAGGAAGAUAAAGGAGAAGUAGAGACCUUUCCCACACCUAAAGCCUUCGUUGGAAAUCAGCUGCCCUUUGUGGGGUUCACUUACUUUAAAGAAGACCAGUUGUUGAAUGCUGUUAACAGUUCAGCAAUGAAAAAAGAUCAAGUAUCCAAGACAGAGGACAGUUUAGCUCUCCAGAAGAAAAUUAACUCUUUAGAAGAGCAGCUCAACAAUGAAAUGCAGACCAAAGAGGAGUUGGAGCAAAAAUACAGAAGCAACUGUAGCCGCCUAGAGAAGAUCACCAAAGAGCUUGAUGAAGAAAUGAAUAGCAGAAAAGGGUUGGAGACGACUCUGAGACAGCUGGAGAGAGAGAAGGCUCUCCUGCAGCACAAGAGCGUAGAGAGUCACCGCAGGGCAGAGAGUGAAGCCGACCGCAAACGCUGCUUAGAGAAUGAAGUGAACAGUCUGAGGGAUCAGCUGGAUGAAAUGAAGAAGAAAAACCAGAACUCUCACAUCUCCAAUGAGAAGAACAUCCACCUGCAGAAACAGCUGGAUGAGGCAAACGCGUCACUGCGGGCGGAAUCUGAUGCUGCUGCGAGGCUGCGUAAAGCUCAGACAGAGAGCUCAAAACAGCUGCAGCAGCUGGAGGCUCACGCGAGAGAACUGCAGGACAAAUGCUGCAUGCUGGAGAACAGCAAGCUCACACUAGAGAGAGACAACAUCAGCCUGCAGGCCGCGCUGGACGCAGAGAAACGAGAGCACACCCAGGGCUCUGAGACCAUCUCUGAUCUACAGGCACGCAUCUCUGGUUUGGAGGAGGAAGUGAAACAGGUGAGACAGGCCCUGUCUAAAGCUGAGACGGACAAAAGGCAACUCCAGGAGAAGCUUACAGACCUGGAAAAGGAGAAGAGCAAUAACCAGAUUGACAUGACCUAUAAGCUGAAGAUUUUGCAGCAGGGUUUGGAGCAGGAGGAGGCGGCACACAAGGCCACAAAAGCUCGACUUGCUGAUAAGAACAAGAUCAGCGAGUCCAUCGAAGGAGCCAAAUCUGAGGCUGUGAAGGAGCUGGAACAGAAGCUGCAGGAGGAACGUUCCUCUAAACUGCGUGUGGAGAACAGGGUGUUAGAACUGGAGAAGAAGAACUCCAUGCUUGACUGCGACUAUAAACAGUCACUGCAGAAACUAGAGGAAUUGCGACGACGCAAAGAGAGACUCACAGAAGAGGUGAAUAAUCUGAGUCUGAAGAUUGAGCAAGAGAUUCAGAAACGCGCUUUGACUCAGAAUGACCUAAAGGUUCAGAACCAGCAGCUCAACACCCUGCGAACUUCAGAGAAACAACUCAAACAGGAGAUAAACCACCUGUUGGAAAUCAAACGCAGCCUAGAGAAGCAAAAUAUGGAACUGCGCAAGGAGCGUCAGGAUUCUGAUGGACAGAUGAAGGAACUACAGGAUCAGUUGGAGGCAGAGCAGUAUUUCUCUACGCUGUAUAAGACACAGGUGCGGGAGCUGAAGGAAGAGUGCGAGGAGAAAAAUAAACUUUAUAAAGACAUGCAGCAGAGUCUACAGGAGCUACAGGAGGAAAGGGAUUCUCUUGCGGCCCAGUUAGAGAUCACACUAACGAAGGCUGACUCGGAGCAGCUGGCGCGCUCCAUUGCAGAGGAGCAGUAUUCCGACCUGGAGAAGGAGAAGAUCAUGAAGGAGCUGGAGAUCAAAGAGAUGAUGGCCAGACACAGACAGGAGCUCGCUGAAAAAGACACCACCAUCACCUCAUUAGAGGAAGCUAAUCGCACAUUGACGAAUGAUGUGGCAAACUUGGCCAAUGAGAAAGAAGAACUGAACAACAAAGUAAAGGAAACACAAGACUACCUGCAGAAUCUCAAGAAUGAAGAGCAGUCCAUCAUUCAAGUGAAGCUAGCCCUUGAGAAACAGCUUCAGUCAGAGAGAACUCUCAAAACACAAGCGGUGAACAAGCUGGCAGAGAUCAUGAAUAGAAAGGAGGUCAGAGGUGGUGGAAGUCGCCGUGGAAAUGAUACAGACGUGAGGAGGAAGGAGAAAGAAAACAGGAAGUUGCAGCUGGAGCUGCGUUCUGAGAGGGAGAAGCUCAACAGCUCUAUCAUCAAAUACCAGAGAGAAAUCAAUGACAUGCAAGCGCAACUGGCAGAAGAGUCUCAGGUGCGUGUCGAGCUGCAGAUGGCUCUGGACAGUAAAGACAGCGAUAUCGAGCAGCUGCGCUGUCUGCUGAACUCUCUAAACGUCCAGUCGCUGGACUCUGCCAGUAUGAGCAGCGGCCCAGAAAUGGACACUGAUGAAUCACUAGCAGAGACAAGACUGGAGGGUUGGCUAUCUUUACCAGUGAGGAACAACACCAAACGAUUUGGGUGGGAAAGGAAGUAUGUUGUGGUGAGCAGCAAGAAGAUUCUCUUCUACAACAGUGAGCAGGACAAAGAGCUUUCCAAUCCUUACAUGGUGUUGGACAUAGAUAAACUUUUUCAUGUGCGUUCGGUGACCCAGACGGACGUCUACCGUGCUGACGCCAAAGAGAUCCCCAGAAUAUUCCAGAUCUUGUACGCUAAUGAGGGUGAAAGCAAGAAAGAGCAAGAACUGGAACCUCUUCCUGGGGACAAGUCCAGCUACAUUUGCCAUAAGGGUCAUGAGUUCAUUCCCACCCUGUACCACUUCCCAACGAACUGUGAAGCCUGUACCAAACCCCUGUGGAACAUGUUUAAACCACCUCCAGCUCUCGAGUGCAGACGAUGUCACAUCAAGUGCCACAAAGACCACAUGGACAAGAAAGAGGAAAUCAUUGCUCCGUGUAAAGUGAACUAUGACGUGUCUACGGCUAAAAAUCUGCUGCUGUUAGCAUUGUCUCAGGAGGAACAGCAGAAGUGGGUUAGUCGGCUCAUGAAGAAGAUCCCCAAAAAACCUCCAGCACCAGAUGCCACUCACCGCUCUUCUCCCAGAGCUCCUGUUAAAGUACAAAACAGUCAGUCCUUAAAGAGAUCCAGCCGACCAAUACCCCCCGGCAAACCCAGGUCUGUGCACAACAUAAUGGACCCAACAGCAUGUGCAGAGAAAUCCGGCUUCAUCUACCACAAGGGACAUGAGUUUAUUCCUUUAUUCUACCACUUUCCUGCCAACUGCGAGGCCUGUACCAAACCCCUGUGGAACAUGUUCAAACCUCCUCUGGCUCUGGAAUGCCAGAGAUGUCAGAUCAAAUGCCACAAGGAGCACAUGGACAAGAGAGAGGAAAGUCUUGGACCCUGUACUCCAGACCAGUUCAACACUGGGUGAGAGGAGGAGACUGCCGGCCUGGAAGUUGGAUGGAGGAUGUAUCGAAUGUUUAUUUGUUAGGAUGCUUCAGAGACAUCAUUCAGGAGCUUUCAAUGUUUAAAUCACGGUGUCUAAACUAACAGAAUAACAUUUACGGUCUUUGCUAAUGGUGGCUUGCCGGAUAGAAAGCUUAAACAGUGUUACACUGGGCUACCUUUUGUAACUUGGGAUGCAAGAUGACAGCUUAGACAUUAACAAAGCACUUUUUCUCUUUUGUAUCAAAUCAGGUUUUUAAUUAUGACUAAGAACACUGAAUUUAAAGUCUAAAUACUAAAAGUAUGUGUCAGAAGAAGACUUAAAACUUCUCACAAGAGCUCUGUAUCUUCAAAUUGAUUGCACAUUUAAGAUUAAAAUCAGGAUGCAUACAGAUAUACAGCCUUUAAAGCUUCAGCAGUGAACAGUGGCAGAUCUUAUUUUUAAGGUGUAGCUCUGUCAUAGUAAUUACCUCUUAGCUUCAUCUUAGCAAACUACCUCCAGACCUUACUGAGACGAGGUUGGUGAAAGCUUGGCUGAAUGCUUUCUCCUCCACCUGCAGGCUUCUGGAUCCGGAGCUUCAGGACUGGCACUGGGCUCUGGAUGAUGUGGAUGAUGUAGAUUAUGACCAUACGUUUCAUUUCUGAGGAGCAUGUGUAGGGUGGAAACAGGGUAACUGCUUAACAUAGGGGCUCUGUUCCAAAACUGCACAGUUUUGCUCCAACCCUAAUCAAACACACCUGGUCCAGCUAAUCAAGGUCUUCAGGAUUACUAGAGACUUCCAAGCAGGUGAGGUUUAGAGCUGGUUGGAGCUAAACUCUGCAGAGCUGUGGCCCUCCAGGAAUUGAGUUUGAGACCACUGCUCUAGGCUGCUCACUUGGUUUUGGAACAGAGUCGUGGAGUGACUUUUUUGUGUGUGCAGUUGGAUUUGUUUGCCUUUGCAACAAAUUGAAGCAUGUGUGAGUGUUAACUGUUUGUUUGAAAGAUUUGGUCAAGAUGGGAUAUGGAGAACUUGCCAUGACCCAGCAGAAGUUUCUUUACCAAUUCUCAUGAACACCCUCUCUGCCCUCCAAGCCCACAGCAGGCACUCUUCAAUUGCAAAGCUGAACAGUUUCUCCAAUCAUUUCUCAUUUACUAUUGAAGGAGAGGAGGUUUGUUCAGAGAAUUGGCAUUUGGCCUGCCUGUGUUUCUUAUUUGACCUUUGACCCUCUUGCCCUAGUCCCCCUCGACUGGACAUGCCAAAGAUGAGGCGAGAAGACUCCACCAACAGCCUUCUGAACAAAUGAGUCCGUUUGAUUACCAUGUUUACAAACUCUUUAAGAAGAAGACACUAUUUUUAUUUCUAGGUCUUUUUUAUUUGUUCCCUUUUGCUAUGAAAGUUUGCCACUUGUGUGUGUUUGCAGGUGUGUUGAUCUGCUUCUCUUGAGCAUGAUGGCACGCUGUGGUGCUUCUUUUUUUUUAUAUGAACGAAGGAUUUUUCUUUCCUCUUGGGUUAAAAUGUGGUGAAACUAACUUUCUCUUUGUCUUUCUCGAUUUCUCCCUCAUUCUCUAGUUAACCUUGUAUUGGGAUUCUGGUGCUGCUACAUGGUGAUUUGGGGUUCUUCCUAUCACAUCAACAAAAGACCUUUAUAACUUUUCGCACAUUUUGGCAAAUCCCAAAAAAGUGAGAGAUGUACAAAUGUUGAAGAAGGCUUUGCUGUCGUGAUAUGGCUUUUAUUCUCUGGGCAUACGGUUGCUUCGACUUCAACAGCACAACAGUUCUACACAAAACUAAAGGGUCAGCGUCAUACCAAACUACUUCAUUCAAGGCCAGAGUUGACCUGAACGCUAAGACUGAACCCCGCUGGACCGGCCAGAGAAUGUGGACGACAACUGGGUCUGACCAUAGUGUUUUUUUUUUUUUUUUUAAUGGCUGAA